AUGAAGGCUUCCAAUUGCUACAAACUUUUGAUUAUUGUUGUUAUUUUUUGUUUGAAAGAUCAUUGGUUUAUUUGUGGUGCAGAUCCUACCGAUGGGUUCACUCGUGUGCCAUUAACAGAUGAGAAUUUCGAUUUACAGAAACCGUAUAAUAUACCACUUUCUCAACGUUAUAAUUACUCCGAUGGUAUUCGGAGUUUUUGGGUCUACAAUAGAGAUAAGUCCUUCAAACCUGACAGUGACACUAGACCUCGCACAGAAGUGCGUAUAAAGGGACAUGACUAUUCGUCUGGAAUUUGGCAAUUUGAAGGCUAUGCUUUCGUCCCAACAGGGACAUCCGGGGUGACCAUAGUGCAAAUUCAUGGCGCUGCUGAAGGAGCAACGACGCUGCAACUGCGGAUUUACAAUGGAAACAUGAGGUAUUAUCGGUACAACCUGGUGGCCACGGAUCUGUACGACAAGUGGUUUCGAGUGAAUGUGAUCCAUGAUGUAGGCAAAGGGAAGAUCACUGUUUUCAUUGAUGGAGAAGAGAAGUUCGUGGUGAACGAUCAAGGACCCGGUGACUUGUAUUUCAAAUGUGGCGUUUAUGCUGCACCUGCUAAAUCUAGCAACUUCAUGGAAUCUAGGUGGAGGGAUAUUAAGCUUUUCAAAAAAUGA